AUGGCGGACGUGGACUCUGGCCCUGUGCCAAAUCACCAACCCGCGGCCGGUGCCGAGAACCCCCCAGUUGAUACUCCCGAAGCUCCCCCAGUCUUAGACACGGUAAAGCCCGGCGAAUCCGAGAAUGCGGGGCGAGAGGAAAUACUAGGAGAAGAAGAAUCUACUCAGGUGGCGCAACAAGAGCAACAAGAGGAGGAGCAGAGCCUCGAAGAAGAGGAGACCAAGCCGGAUGUUCCGCCGAAAGAUACAGAGGAAAACGAGAUAGCAGAGGAGCAACCUACAACAGAACAAGCUCCACCAGAAAUCAAUGAGCCUGAGCCUGAGCCCGAACAGCAUGAUGGCCGUGAAAUUGAUCCCCGGCCACGGUCCGACUCGCGAUCCACAACAGCGACAUUUGCGACGCAACGGGGUAGUGGUGGUGUAGUGAGCUCAACCGUCUUCAUAAUCACGGCUCUCGAUACCAUUGCGACUUCACGGGAGGCCCGGAGGACAAAAGAGCUUGAAGAUGCGGUUCAGGUCGCUUUGAACAAUGUCAGAUCGGAUCGGCAAGCAAUUGACCCCGAGCUCAUCUUCCGCCCUCUUCACUUGGCAAGCAAGUCGCUCAGUGUCCCGCUCCAGGUAACUGCGCUGGAUUGCAUUGGAAAGCUCAUUACAUACUCUUACUUUGCCUUUCCGUCUGCCGAAUCACUGAAUGAGUCCACUCCGAACCAGCCACCCCUGAUCGAGCGUGCCAUCGAUGCCAUCUGCGACUGUUUUGAGAAUGAAGCGACCCCCAAUGAAAUACAGCAGCAGAUUAUCAAGUCGCUGCUGGCGGCGGUUUUGAAUGACAAGAUUGUGGUGCACGGAGCGGGUCUCUUGAAGGCAGUCCGCCAGAUCUACAAUAUUUUCAUAUACUCCAAGUCGAGUCAGAACCAGCAGAUUGCCCAGGGUUCCCUGACUCAAAUGGUGAGCACCGUCUUUGACCGUGUUCGUGUACGUCUUGAUUUAAAAGAGCUGCGAACUCGCGAUGUCGACAGAUCGGCGUCUCGCCUAGAUGCUCCAGGCAGCGAUCAAGGACAGUUGUCGGAGGCUGCCUCUAUAUCGGUUGCGGAUCAGUCGGUGACAGACCAGCCAGAGGUCAAGGAGCCCGCAGAGAAGCUCACGCUCCAGAGCUUCGAAUCCUCGAAAGAAAUGACUUCAUUGCAUGAUAAUGCACCAACAACGGUGACUCGGGCCAAGGGGAACACGAUCUUCCAAGAAAAAGACGAAGAUAACUCGGCCGAGGAUGAAGUGGAUGAGGUUUACGUUAAGGACGCUUUCCUUGUUUUCCGUGCUCUUUGUAAAUUGAGCCACAAGGUUCUCGGUCAUGAUCAACAGCAGGAUCUCAAGUCUCAAAACAUGCGAUCUAAGCUCCUUUCGUUGCAUCUUGUUCACUACCUGAUCAAUAAUCAUAUUGCCACCUUUACCUCACCUCUUGCUGCAAUCAAGAACAGUUCGUCUAGCACGGAAAGCAUGACACUGCUUCAAGCUGUGCGGCCACAUCUUUGCCUGAGCUUGAGUCGCAAUGGAUCCAGCUCUGUCCCACAUGUGUUCAAGGUCUGCUGUGAGAUUUUCUGGUUAAUGCUGAUUCACAUGCGAGUUAUGAUGAAGAAGGAGCUUGAGGUGUUCUUGAAGGAGAUUUAUCUCGCAAUUCUUGAAAAACGAGCAGCUCCUGCCUUCCAAAAACAGUAUUUCAUGGAGUUCCUGGAGAGGCUGGGCGGCGACCCUCGUGCCCUGGUCGAGAUCUACCUUAAUUACGAUUGUGACCGCACUGCACUGGAGAACAUCUUCCAGAAUAUCAUUGAACAACUGUCACGAUAUGCGAGUGUCCCGACGGUAGCAACUGCUGCUCAGCAGCAGCAGUACUUGGAGCUUCACGUCAAGAUGACUAGUGUUGGAAGCGAGUGGCACCAGCGAGGAACUCUCCCUCCAUCUCUCACUUCCUCCAAUAUCGCUCCGAUCCCUCCGCCUGCUAUUCCCAUCCCACCCGAGUUCACUCUCAAAACACAAGCUUUAGACUGUUUGGUGGAAAUCCUGCGAUCACUGAUUAAUUGGAGCACACAACGACCGGACGACCAAACCCAGGAUCCGGCGAUCCCCACAAAGUCAAUGGAUAACUCUCGCGAAUCCCUAGACACCAGCGUACUCCCUUCUCCAAGGCCUGAUAUUGCUGCAACGGAGGGAAGUGCCACUGGUCGAUCUACUCCUGUACCUGAAGACGAUCCUAGCCAGAUAGAAAAGGUUAAGCAGCGGAAGAUUGCACUCAUGAACGCUGUCCAGCAGUUCAACUUCAAGCCUAAGCGUGGUAUCAAGAUGUUCCUCCAGGAGGGUUUUAUUCCGUCGAAUUCUCCUGAGGAUAUUGCGACUUUCUUGUUGCGCAAUGAUCGUCUUGACAAAGCCCAACUAGGCGAGUUCCUAGGUGAAGGCGAUCCCGAGAACAUUGCAAUCAUGCAUCAAUUUGUGGACAAAAUGGAUUUCACGAAGCGACGCUUCGUGGACGCUCUUCGAAUGUUCCUUCAGGCAUUCCGUCUGCCUGGUGAGGCUCAGAAGAUCGAUCGGUUCAUGCUGAAGUUCGCGGAAAGAUACACAACCCAGAAUCCCAACGCUUUCGCUAAUGCUGACACUGCCUACGUCCUGUCCUACUCGGUCAUCAUGCUUAAUGUUGAUCAGCAUAGCUCAAAGAUCAAGGCACGUAUGACCCGGGAAGACUUCAUCAAAAACAACCGUGGCAUCAAUGACAACCAGGAUCUUCCUGCUGAGUAUCUCACUGCAAUUUACGACGAGAUUGCGAACAACGAAAUCGUCCUUGACACUGAGCGUGAGCACGCUGCAAACAUGGGUAUCGCCACAACUUCUGCUCCUACUGGUUUGGCUACUCGGGCUGGGCAGGUCUUUGCCACUGUUGGACGGGACAUCCAGGGUGAAAAAUAUACCCAGGCUUCUGAGGAGAUGGCAAACAAAACUGAGCAGUUGUACCGCUCCCUUAUCCGGGCUCAGCGCAAAACGGCAGUCCGCGAGGCUCUUUCUCGUUUCAUCCCUGCGACGUCAGUUCGACACGUGGGAUCGAUGUUUAAUGUUACCUGGAUGUCAUUCCUAUCGGGUCUGUCUGCGCCAAUGCAAGACACCCAGAAUCUUCAAACUAUUCGCAUCUGUAUGGAAGGUCUGAAGCUAUCCAUCCGAACCAGUUGUGCCUUUGAACUUGAGACUCCUCGGGUGGCUUUCGUCACAGCUCUGGCCAAAUUCACCAAUCUUGGGAACUUGAGAGAAAUGGCCCCAAGAAAUUUAGAGGCCUUGAAAGCUUUACUAGAUGUUGCCCUCACUGAGGGUAACCACCUCCGGAGCUCAUGGCGUGAAAUUUUAACCUGUGUCAGUCAACUCGAUAGGUUGCAGUUGCUGAGCGAUGGAGUCGAUGAAGGCUCACUCCCUGAUGUCUCUAGAGCGCACUCUACCAUCGACUCUCCACGUAGGUCAAUGCAGAGUACUCGCAGUAAGCGCACUCGUUCUGUGAAUGGCCCAACAGCCUUCCGGUCGGAGAUUGCUAUGGAAAGCCGAUCGGCAGACACUGUCCGCAGUGUGGAUCGCAUAUUCACCAAUACUGCAAACCUUUCUCACGAAGCUAUCAUUGACUUUGUGCGUGCGCUCAGCGAAGUCAGCUGGCAGGAGAUUCAGUCAUCUGGCCACAGUGAAUCCCCUCGGACGUACAGUUUGCAAAAGUUGGUUGAUAUUGGCUACUAUAACAUGACUCGUGUCAGGAUAGAGUGGUCGAAGAUCUGGGAGGUCCUAGGUCAACAUUUCAACCAGGUUGGUUGUCACACCAACACUACAGUUGUUUUCUUUGCUUUGGACUCUCUCAGACAGCUCUCAAUGCGCUUCAUGGAAAUUGGCGAAUUGCCUGGUUUCAAGUUCCAGAAGGACUUCCUCAAGCCAUUUGAGCAUGUCAUGGCAAACAGCACCACGGCUUCUGUUAAGGACAUGAUUCUGCGGUGUCUAAUUCAAAUGAUCCAAACGCGAGGUGACAAGAUUCGAUCUGGCUGGAAGACCAUGUUCGGUGUUUUCACUGUGGCCGCACGCGAGCCAUACGAGGGCAUUGUGAACAUGGCGUUCGAUCAUGUAACUCAAAUUUACAAUACCCGAUUCGGCGUUGUGAUUACUCAGGGUGCAUUCGCAGAUCUAAUUGUGUGCUUGACCGAAUUCUCCAAGAAUUCCAAGUUCCAAAAGAAAUCUUUGCAGGCCAUCGAGACCCUUAAGUCCACUGUCAUGAAGAUGUUGCGAACCCCAGAGGGGACAAACCUUGCUAAACAGCUUACGCGACAGUCUCAAGAAGAGCAAUUCUGGUAUCCAAUCUUGAUUGCCUUCCAGGAUGUCCUGAUGACAGGCGACGACCUGGAGGUUCGAUCUCGUGCUCUCACAUACCUCUUCGAGACCCUGAUCCGCCAUGGUGGAGAUUUCCCUCGAGACUUCUGGGAUGUCCUUUGGCGACAGCUCCUCUGCCCGAUCUUUGUGGUUCUCCAGUCCAAGUCAGAGAUGUCGAAAGUUCCCAACCACGAGGACCUUUCUGUUUGGCUAUCAACCACAAUGAUUCAAGCCCUGCGGAACAUGAUCACUCUGUUCACGCACUACUUCGAUGCGUUGGAGUACAUGCUGGGUCGCUUUUUGGAAUUGCUUACUCUCUGCAUUUGCCAAGAAAAUGACACGAUCGCACGAAUUGGGAGUAACUGCUUGCAACAGUUGAUCUUGCAGAACGUCGCCAAGUUCCGCGAGGAGCAUUGGACUCUGAUCGUCGGGGCUUUCGUCGAACUCUUUGACAAGACUACUGCCUAUGAAUUGUUCACAGCAGCGGCCUCUAUGACCAAAAUGACGGAGACCCCAACCAAUGGCGAUAUCCGGGCCUCCGAGACAGCUGUUGCGGCAUCGGGCGAUGUUCCAGAUGCCCUCCAAGCUAAUGGAUCACAAAGCACUGCUUCACUCCAGGAGAACGGUGAUCCACCUGUUCAAAGCGAAGCUCGUGCUGAGCUAGUUGAGGACUACCGACCUCAAAUCGAGGCACAGCAACAGCCGGCUGCGGUUACUGUCACCCGACGCCGCUUCUUCAAUCGUAUCAUCACGAACUGCGUUUUGCAGCUCCUGAUGAUUGAAACGGUUCAUGAACUCUUCUCGAACGAAACUGUGUAUGAGAAGAUCCCCAGUCACGAGCUUCUUCGCCUGAUGGGCUUGCUUAAGAAGAGUUACCAAUUCGCCAAGAAGUUCAACGAAGACAAAGAUUUGCGCAUGCAAUUAUGGCGUCAGGGUUUCAUGAAGCAACCUCCUAACUUGCUUAAGCAGGAGAGUGGCAGUGCCGCUACCUACGUUCAUAUCCUCUUCAGAAUGUACCACGACGAGCGAGAAGAGCGUAAGAGCAGCCGUGCUCAGACCGAGGCAGCUCUGAUUCCUCUCUGCGCAGACAUCAUUCGAAGCUUUGUCCGCCUAGACGAAGAAACACAGCACCGCAACAUCGUUGCUUGGCGCCCGGUUGUUCUUCCCCAGGAUGGGUUUGAGAAGCACAUUGAGACUUUCUACCCCUUAGUGGUCGAACUUCUCAGCCGCGAUCUCAACCCCGAGAUCCGCGUGUCCAUGCAGGGUCUGUUGCGUCGUAUUGGCGAGGUUCGCUUGGGUGUGGCUCCACCCAACCCGCUCGAUGCACCCAUCAGCCCUGGCAGCUCCGUCUCGCAGAAGGCCCCGAAUGAAAAUUAA